CCCAUCACUAGCGGUUAUGCAAAGUCUGACAUUUAAUUGACAGCUAAGUGUUGAAAUUAUGUAUGACACAUUACUUUAAAAUUCACACAAUGCAAAACAUUUAUGAUCAAACACCGAAAAAUCUAAGAUUUUGGGGUUUUGAGGGCUUAUAUACAUCUUGUCUAAAAUAACCGAAGCCGCCAUAUCGGUUCAUCCCUACCGUGUUGUUAGGGCUGCCAACUUGGCCCGCUAAAAAAUCGCAGAGAAAACAUGCUGGGCAAUAAAAAAAGAAGAAAACAACCAGCGCCAGCGCUGGCUAAUAUGCAGCUUGAUAUAACGAGGCAGCACCAGGGGCACAAGAGAAAAAUUUAUAACUGAGUGUAGAGAAAAAAUUGCUCUUUGGGGCCGAGCACGUAACAGAAAAAAAGCUGGUAACAAAACUGUAGCGAUGAAUAGCAACAUAAACAUAAACACCGUGCCCAGGCCCAGUUCGAAUCCCCAUCAGCAUUCCCUUCCCAAUCGUAGUCCGGAAUCUGUCGAGGAAGAGGAGGGGGACGGUGACCGGAUGAGCGACACCAGCAGCUCGGCGAGCAGCCAGCGGAGUCGCACUUCGAGCAGCAGUUCGUCGAGUGAUUCGAGCGACUCAUUGGAAGAGGACCAUGAACAGGACCAAGAUCCAGACGAGGACAUGACCAGUGGUUCGGAGACGGAGGACGAUACAGCCACCUACCAGUCGGACGAAUUGGAACUCGCUCAGCUAAAUGGAAGGGAUAUCUUUCGGUUGCCUCGUGGUCUCUGCGAAAGUUCGGCCAUAUUCCAUGAGUUCUUCUCCAUGGAGACCUGGCAGCAGUUGCCUCAAGCAAUCCAAGCUCGUCUGCAGACCUUGCUGCCAGAUUUUAACGGCUUGGUUUCGGGACCGGCGCAGGCUGGAGCUGAGCAACAGCGAACCCUCGUGCAGCUUUUUAACGGUGGCCUCCAGCGCUUCGGGCAAUCCCCGUUGCUCCAAUUGCAACGGCAACUGGAAGAGGGAAGCUUGAGACCGGAUGUUUUGCAGCUACGAAAGAGCAUACAGCACUCGAGCCGGAGGGAAUUUCGCUUCCAGCAGGCAGAGCGGCUUAGUCAGCUGGCCAAGGAGCUCUUCCUCUCCAGAGAGCAAGUCCUGCAACACGCUUACACAUCAACUCCUCCCAACGACGGGUCUUUUGAUAAAUAUUUACCAAGACAACGACCGCGGAAGCGGAAGCCACCUUCGUUAAACGCUCAGAAUCGAUGCUGCACUCAACGAGCGAAGAAACGAUACGCUCAGGAACUACUUGACGUUAUGGCGGAGCUGAAGGUAAUGCCUGGAGACAUUAGCGCCGAGGACGAUGAAGAGGACGAGGAUUGUUCUCAGCUGCUAGAGCGUCUUGCUUACGGGCCCCCAGAAGUUCUUCCAGAGGAGCCCAAGGCGCAGGAGCGGGAUGGAGCUGGCAGACCUUCGAAUGCAGCUGACAAGAAGAGCAUUUACAACACGUUCUUUAAGCGGCGACCAGGAGUGGAAGAUGAUCAUAUACUGCGCCUAAUGCAAGCCGAACGAAAUCCCCAACUCAACGAUAAGAAUUUCCGAAAGUAUUUGCGGGACUACAAGCGCCGAAAAGUGGAGCAGCCGGAUAGUCCCGAGUUCGACACUUCCGAGGUGCGCCUGCGUGACAUCUGCACCCGAGCGCAGUUUGUCGGAAAUUUCAAACCGGGCAGAAAACCAAAGGCACUGAUGGCACGCCUAAAUCCGGAUCCACCUGCACUGGUACCUAUUGGAGCCACAGCCGGAGCUAAGAGCGAACUGGUUGACGAGGAGCCCAUGCUACUGGAUGAGCCGCAUCAGCUGUAUGGCCGCCGGGUCCCCGAGGACAAGUCUGAGGAGAACAUGAGGCCUAACGAGUUCAUGCCAAAGAAAGCCAUUGCCUCACCAGCAAGUACACCUGUGUCCCAGCCCGUGCCCAAACUUGAGCCAUUAAAUGGACCGAUUUCGCAAACGCGUGCGAGUCCAACAGCAUCUGCUGCUCCCCCGAAUUCUGCUCAUAUCACAGGCAGCCCCACAAGGGAAGCAGUUCUGCGUCCUUCAUCUUCCAGCCGACCAUCCUCAUUCUUCGCGCUGCUUAGGGAUCUGUUUGUAUCGACUCCUCAGCAUCGGCUAACAUAUGGAGAACUUCAAAUCCUUCUCAACAACUGGAGAGACGCCCAUUCGGAUGCUUCUAUUCCGACAGGGGACUGGUCGCGGUCUGUUAUUGAUUGGACGAAGCUGCUCCAGUCUGGGAUUAACUUUUUAUCUGGAGAUUUCGGGUCUCUGCCAACGGAAUAUGUGCCCUACAUUGACAAUAAAACCCAAAUGGGGAUUUAUCAAUGGAUCGGAGCUGGCCGCGACACUGAUGCACGGCUCGUAGGCUUGUGCCAAAGUUGGCUGCGAACGCAGAAGGAGGAAAGCUCCCAGCUAAGUCCGGCCUUGACCUCAAGUGUGAGUUCCCUAGUGGAUACAACCCCAACGCCCCCUCCCAGAUGUCCCACUACGUGGACCGUCCGCACGGCCACCCAAGCGGAGAUGCAGGAGUUCCAGCGGCAGGAGAGAAUGCGCUUCGAGUAUCCACAUCGACCAUUUACGUAUCGCCUCAACGGAUACGAGAGUGUCGUGGGCCCCGUUAAAGGAAUUUACACCCAGAGCAUGCCUUUGAAUAAAGCCCGCGGACAUGCCGUCAUGGUGGACGAUCGACCUCCAUUUGUGACCAUUCUCACUCUGGUACGAGACGCCACCGCCCGGCUGCCGAAUGGCGAAGGAACUCGUGCCGAGAUUUCCGAACUAUUGAAAUGCUCCCAGUAUGUAAAUCCUCAAGCAGCGGACAAUGUCCUGCAGACGAUUGUCAGUGGAGCGCUAGACAGGAUGCAUGGCGGUCAAGAUCCCUGUGUGAAGUACGACGCCAGACGAAAGAUCUGGAUAUACUUGCAUCGUAACCGAAGCGAAGCUGAGUUUGAAAAAAUGCAUAGACAUAAUCAGACCAUGGUGAAACAGAAGCAGCAACAAAGGAAGCAACUGAGCAGGCCGAAGCUGGAAGAUGGAACGGAAAGCUCUGGUACUGAGCGCCAGCAGCAGGAUCAUCCCCCUGCUUUGGUGUCAGCAGUGGUAUCGCCAGUUCCCGUUUCAGUUCAACUUCCCCUCGGUGCUUCUGCCCAAGUGAAAAAGCCACUGGCUGUUAAAUGCCCUCCCGUGCCGCCUCUAAAGUAUCACCUGCCUCAUGGAACGCCCAGUGCAGCCGUGUCCUCGAAUCCCAUUCAAAAUACAAACACAAACCCAUCGACGCUAGCACAGAAGUCCUUACUCAAACCAGUGGCUGUGUCCAUACCUGCUUCCUCGCCGCUUCCGCGUACGUCGAUCACACCAAAAGGCGGAAACUUUACGAUCUCCAAGAUCAGUCCGACAAGAAACACUACGCCAAUUCUGGUAUCGACGCCCACAGGCAUGCAAACCGUACACGUAUCCACAACGCCAACACCUGGCGCUGGAUCGUCGCCUGCAGCCACACCUAAAAAACUGAUGAUCAAGAAAACCCCUCCGGGUAAUAAAAUUGGUAACUUCAUCAUACCCCUGGACCAACAGCAGCAGCCACAACAAGUUCAACCUCUACCUGGUAAACCCAAAACCGUGACCAUCACUCCUCGUCCUCAGAUGCCGAAGAACAUAAUCCGUCUUUUGCCUGCCGGCGCAAGCACCACGGCAACGAGUCCCAAGGCCGCCACGGUACAAAUGCUUGGGCCCCGUGUAGUUCCCCAGGCGCAGACUAUACGCCCAGCACAGCAGAAAAUCGGAGCGGUAUCCAUUGUGGCAAAUAAGCCUGUGGCCCCUGGUGUUGCUGUAGAAGCUACAAAUCCUGUGGCUAUUGCCAAAGGGUCCUCCACGCCCGCGGCUGGAACCAUUCUCAAGAUGUCGCCGCAAGCAUUCGCCACACUCCAGCAACAGCAACAGCUCAAGCAAGCAACCAACAACAGCACUCCUGGUCAGAGCUCGCCCCAGCAGAGGAUUAUUGUUGGUAACACGGCGAUUUCGGCGAAUAAAAAGAUCGUGUUCCAGACCGUGACAAAAGCUGCACCUAAAAUACUCACCACUUCCCCAACCGCUUCGAUUUCCAAAACGCCAACGAGCAUGUCACCACAACAGCAACAGCCCCAACAGAGGAUUGUGCUUCAGAACUUUAAGCAGCCUGUGCUGUCCAACAAUCAAGCCACAUCCACAGUAGCUGGAGCCACAACGCGGAUUAUUCGAGCUACUCCAGCUGUAGGUGGAAAUCCAAGUGGAAACACAACGCAGGCGGCUGGACAAAUUAUUACUCUAGACAGCUUGCUUCAGAAGCAAUCUUCGGGAGGAAAACUGGUCAGCACGGCAGGCAACAAUAUCAUUCAGUUGGCCACCUCUUCAGCUGGUAAUAUGAUCACCCUGAGUCCCAAUCAACCCACAAAACAGUUACCCACAAUGGCGCGCAUUGUAAGUGCCACUAAUACGACCAGUGGUACUGGAGGAAGUCCAACUGGUGGUUUAGCUACUGGACCCAAGAUUAUUGGAAAAACUACCGUGCUCCCAGGAAAACCACUGCUUUUGAAUGCCAAGACGAUUAAGCAACUGAGCGGCAGCAGUGUGGCCACCACUCAAGUGACCACCACUACGCCUCCAACGGUGGCGUCUAGUGGAGGAACCGUCAUUUCAGGCACGGGAGUCACCACAACUGGAGUGCGAACGACUCAAAACAUUGUGAUUGGCGGGCAGACAGUGAAGCUGCAGGGAGCGAUUCCCACUCGAGCAGCAGGCGGGGCACCCAUGCAGACCGUUAUUAUGGGCAACCAGCUCCUCAGACUGGCUGCAACCAGUAGUAGUCCGUCGACAACCACGUCCUCGGGAUCCAUAGCGACAGCACCCAAGACAUUGGUCAUCGGAGCGGGAGGUGCCCAAACUCUGCGAAUCGCUAAGAAUGUACUGCUGGCCAAUAAGCAGAUCACAAGCUCUGCCGGCACCACCAGCACGACAGCCGCUUCUGGAGCGACCACGACGGCUGGAAACAAUGUCAUGUUUGCGGUGCAAGGCAACGGGGGCCAGUUGUUCUUCUCGCAAGGAAUACAGGGAGUGAAUCUUAAGCCACUGUCCAGUUUAAAAGUGAUACCAAUGGCAUCUGCAGCAGGAGCAGCAGCCACAACUGGUGGCAAGAUCUCCUUGACGACAGUGGCCGGAGAGAGCGGUACAAAGGCCUUGACUACCAAGCUGAUACCGGCCACAGUUCUGAAAACAGCCACUGGAAGUGGCAACUAGGAGGCUUUGGAGUGAGGUGGAUUGAAGAAGUUUGUUAACCCGUUGUUUACCCUUCUUCAAUUUUAAUGAAACACUUCGUGUAAUUUAUAUAUAUAGGCAGAAAGUUUGAUCGCUAAUAUUUCUUCGUACUAAGUGAAAAGAUAGACACCAGAAACCAAUUUUGUGGAAACAGAUUAUAAAGUAUAUAUAUUUAGAAAGACACCCAAUAAAACUCAAAUGAAAUCAUC